GAUAGAGAUCAGACUCGAAAACCAAACCACAAAACAACUUCACCAAUUACGCACAGCCACAGCGCUUUCCUAGAUAAACCCGCUCUUCGACCGAGAAAUCAUUCAACCUAGACAGGUCUGCUGCGCAUUCGACAUAGAUCCAUAAGCCGCGACAAUGGCUGGCCUUUUUGGCGCGCAAUCGGCGUCGGCCAGCAACACGCUGGGCGACCUGAAACAGGACGUCGAGCUCGGGAGUCCGCCCGAGGACAGCAUCUCGGCCAUCGCCUUCAAUCCCAACCCGACCGACCCCAAAGACUUUCUCGCCGUGGCGAGCUGGGACAAGAGAGUGCGCAUCUACGAGAUAAUGAGCAACGGCCAAGGCCAGGGCAAGGCGCAGAUAGAGCACGACGGCCCGGUCUUUUCUGUUGACUUCUUCAAGGACGGCCAAAAGGUCAUCUCUGCCGGCGCCGACAAGCAGGCCAAGGUGAUGGACCUCGCCACGGGACAGACGGUCCAGGUAGCAGCGCACGACCAGCCGGUCCGCUGCGUGCGGUACUUCGAGGCCAACGGCACCCCGAUGGCGGUCACGGGCUCGUGGGACAAGACGGUCAAAUACUGGGACUUCAGGAGCUCGACGCCCGCAGGCUCCAUCACCUGCCAGGAGCGGGUAUACACGAUGGACGUCCGGGACAAUCUUCUGGUCGUCGGCACGGCCGACCGGUACAUCAACGUGAUCAACCUGCAGGACCCGGCCAAGUUCUACAAGACGCUGCAGAGCCCGCUCAAGUGGCAGACCCGCGUCGUCAGUUGCUUCACCGACUCGCAGGGCUUUGCCAUUGGGAGCAUCGAAGGCCGGUGCGCGAUCCAAUAUGUCGAGGACAAGGACGCGAGCCUCAACUUCUCGUUCAAAUGCCACCGCGACCCGCCGCAGGGGUCCGUCACCAACGUGCACGCGGUCAACGACAUCUCGUUCCACCCCCAGCACGGCACCUUCAGCACGGCGGGCAGCGAUGGGACGUUCCACUUCUGGGACAAAGACGCUAAGCACCGUCUCAAGGGGUACCCGAACGUGGGCGGCAGCAUCACGGCGACCAAGUUCAACAAGACGGGCAGCAUCUUUGCUUACGCCAUCAGCUACGACUGGAGCAAGGGGUACCAGGGCAACACUGCCAACUACCCGACCAAGGUGAUGCUGCACCCCGUGCAGCCCGACGAGUGCAAGCCGCGGCCGAGCGUCAAGAAGAGGUAGGGUAGCGCUCUGAUGACGACGCGGAAGGGCGACGCCGAACGGCGGAUGGUCCGAGCAGACCGAGUUUGGUGAGAGGUACGUAGUCCGGGUGUGGGGAGCUCACAAGCCGCGAGGAGAGGGCCUCGCCUAAGCAUAUCAAUGGAAGUCUACUAAAGGUGAUGCUCAGCCAAGACAAGGAGAGAGAGGAAAGGUGAGGGAAAGGGGAUGAGGAAAGGGAGAGGGAGAGGGAAAGAAGAGCAAAGAAGGGGGAGGAAGGAAAGGGGGCAGAAAGGGAAAGGGAAAUGGAAUGACAAAGGGAAUGAAGACGGAAGUUGAUAGGUGGUUGGAACGGUCAUUGGACAAGGGCAGAGUCGACGGCGAGGAGUACCGGAUGGACGGCAGCAGAUAGCCAGAUGCCUUGUCUCAGAAGCAGUCCGUAACAAUCAAUCAGAAUAACUAAUAACACUCUCUCAU